UAUCGAUCCCGCUGCUGGUAGAGGGAGGAGGAAGCAACAGCAGAGAAAAUGGCGGCCGUAGCUGCGACUGCGGCGGUGCCGGGUGAUGGGGGAGCCGGCGAGGCCGAGCCCAUUCCGGGCACUGAGGCCGGCGCAGAAGCGCUCCCUGCCAGCACUCUGGCUGCAGUGGAGUCAGCGGUGCUCGACGCCAGGGAAGAGCCGGAGCCAGCCCCGGGUGGCGAGGCCGAGGAGCCGCCGCCGCCACCCAGGAGCCCGGCGGGGACCCAAGACCUGCCGCAGGCCCAGCCCAGCCCGGAGCCCGUCGCGGAGAUGCCUGAGCCCCCCUGCCCGCUCACGGCGGCCUUCUCCGAGCUCCACGAGGGUGAAGAGGAGAAGUCGCAGCCUUGCUUGCCGCUGUUGCCGCCGCCGCCGCCUGCAGCUGGGGGCCCCGCGGGGCCGGAGCCCGGGGAGGAGCCGCCCCGGCCGGAGGAGGAGGAGCCUGAUGCUGCCGCCGGGGCGAAGCAGCCGGAGUUCACGGGGACUGUGGGACCGGCGGCGCGUGUUGGAGAAAGGGGGGAGGCGGGGGAGGCGCUGCUGCUGCUGCCGGGCUCGGAGGUGGUGGUCACCCUGGAUCACAUCAUCGAGGACGCGCUGGUGGUGUCCUUCCGCUUCGGGGAGAAGCUCUUCUCCGGGGUCCUCAUGGAUCUCUCCAAAAGGUUUGGACCCCAUGGAAUCCCUGUGACCAUCUUUCCUAAAAGGGAGUAUAAGGAUAAACCUGAGGCAAUGCAGCUCCAAAGUAAAUCAUUCCAAGAUGAGACACAGGUGAAGUGUGAAGCAAAUGGUGUAGUCACGGACUCUUCUCCCAUCCAGCCAUCAGAACCUAACCUGGCUAAAAACCUAUGGACUUCCAAACCACCUCCCCUUUUCCACGAGGGAGCACCCUAUCCUCCUCCUUUGUUUAUCAGGGACACAUAUAACCAGUCAAUACCUCAGCCUCCGCCUCGGAAAAUUAAACGGCCCAAGCGGAAACUGUACAGGGAGGAACCCACUUCAAUUAUGAAUGCUAUCAAACUACGACCUAGACAGGUCUUGUGUGACAAGUGUAAGAACAGUAUUGUUGCAGAAAAAAAAGAAAUUAAAAAGAGCAGCAAUGCAAGUGACUCCUCAAAAUAUGAGGAUAGUAGAAAACGAAGAAACGAGAGUGUAACUACUGUGAAUAAAAAAUUUAAAACUGAUCAUAAAGUUGAUGGUAAAAGCCAAAAUGAAAGUCAGAAAAGGAAUUCUGUGGUCAAAGUUGCAAAUAUUGCCCACAGCAGAAGCAAAGUAGUCAAAGUUUCCACUCAAGCAAAUACAUCAAAAACACAAUUAAAUACUAAGAAAGUUCUCCAGAGCAAAAACAUGGAUCAUGCAAAAGCUCGGGAAGUUUUGAAAAUAGCCAAAGAGAAGGCACAAAAGAAACAGAGUGCAACCCCCACUUCCAAAAAUGCACAUUCAAAGGUCCAUUUCACAAGGCGUCUUCAGAACACCAGCUCAGGUUCCCUGCCCCCGCGAUUGCGCCUAAAGCCACAAAGGUACCGAAAUGAAGAAAACGACUCUUCUCUCAAGACAGGGCUUGAGAAAUUGCGGAGUGGCAAGCCCCAGUCUCGCUGCUCCUCUACCCGCUCAGCAGGUGAGGCCCCUUCAGAAACUCAGAGCCCCUCAGAAGGCCCUGAAGAGGCUAACAUUGAGGUUCAGGACACAAAUGAAGUGCAUGUACCUGUUGAUCAGGAUGAACAGCAGACAUUGGGCAAGAGAGGCAGCAAAAGCAAUAUAACAGUUUACAUGACCCUUAAUAAAAAGAAAUCUGACUCUUCCAGUGCAUCAGUGUGUAGUAGUGAUAGCACAGAUGACUUGAAGUCCACCAACUCUGAGUGUAGUUCUACUGAAAGCUUUGAUUUUCCGCCAGGCAGCAUGCAUGCACCUUCCUCCUCCUCCUCGUCCUCUUCAAAGGAAGAGAAAAAGCUCAGUAAUUCCUUGAAAAUGAAAGUCUUUUCAAAAAAUGUCUCUAAAUGUGUCACACCAGAUGGCAGGACCAUAUGUGUAGGAGACAUUGUUUGGGCCAAAAUAUAUGGCUUCCCUUGGUGGCCAGCCCGUAUUCUUACCAUUACUGUGAGCCGGAAAGAUAAUGGCCUUUUAGUCCGACAGGAAGCACGUAUUUCAUGGUUUGGGUCCCCAACAACAUCUUUCCUUGCUCUUUCACAGCUCUCCCCUUUUUUAGAAAACUUUCAGUCGCGCUUUAAUAAGAAGAGAAAAGGUCUUUACCGCAAGGCCAUUACAGAAGCAGCCAAAGCUGCUAAGCAGCUAACUCCUGAAGUCCGGGCCCUGCUGACACAGUUUGAAACAUGAACAUGAAAAGUAAGCUCAGAGACAUUAGUCAUCUGUUUGUGUGGAUGCUGGCAUGAAGAGGGUCACCUAACAAG